CAGAGACAACAACAGUCCUUUGCUUGAAAACCUGGUCACCUAAUCGGAUUCAUCUGUCGGUCGCGCGCCGCUGAGCGGCUUGAUUACCGACGAUGAAGAAGCUGGCCGAGCUCUGCACAUCGGGCGGGCUCCUGCUGUCGACGCUCACGACUGCCGCCGCAAACGUUUACACGCCCAAGCACGAGGCCGGCCGCUGCGCCAUCCGGGGCCAAUGCGGAUCCAGAAAUAUCUUCAGCCCCAAGCUGCCCUGCGUCGAUAAUGGGCCAGCCGAGGAACCCGACGAUAAGCUGCGGCAGCAGUUGACAGAUCUCUGUGGCCCGAAAUGGAGCACGGGACCCGUCUGCUGCGACUCCGAACAGGUCGACGCCCUCAAGUCAAACCUGCAGACGGCGAACCAGAUAAUAUCGUCCUGUCCCGCGUGCAAGGAGAACUUCUUCAACAUGUUCUGCACCUUCACCUGUUCUCCCGACCAGUCGCUCUUCAUCAACGUGACCGAGACGAUGGAGAAGGACGGCAAGACGAUGGUGACUGAGCUAGACCAGCUUAUAUCAAAAGAGUACGGAGAAGGGUUCUAUAAUAGCUGCAAGGACGUCAAGUUUGGGCCGACAAACUCGAGGGCGAUGGACCUGAUUGGCGGUGGCGCAAAGAACUACACGCAGUUGCUCGAGUUCCUUGGCAAGAAGCGAUUCGGAGGUUCUCCCUUCCAGAUCAACUUUCCUACGAGCUACACCGAGCCGGGCAUGAAGCCGCUGCCGAUGACUCCCAAGAAAUGUAACGACGAUGACCCGAACUUCCGCUGCGCCUGCAUCGAUUGCCCGGAAGUUUGCCCGAAGCUCCCAGAUAUCGAGGAGGCCGGGUCGUGCCACAUCGGAGCUUUGCCCUGUCUGUCAUUCGCAUCGAUUCUGACAUACUGCUCGAUGUUGUUUUUGUCUGCUGCUGCCGUGGUGGGGCACAUCGCGUGGAGGAGACACGCCCGGCGUAGGAGCGAGAGGCUGAGGCUGCUCACGGAUGCCGCCCCCAGUGAUGACGAAGACGAGGGCGACCUCACCGAAAAUGGUGCCAUGUUUGACCGUCCGCAGAACACAUACAUCAUCAAUACCUGGUGCGAUACCGCCUUCGCAAGGCUGGGGCACAUGGCGGCUCGAUUCCCGGCCCUAACCAUCGCCACCAGCUUCCUAGUGGUGCUCAUCCUGAGUAUCGGCUGGUUCCAUUUUGAGCUCGAGAAGGACCCGGCCCGCUUGUGGGUAAGCCCGAGCUCACCGGCGGCGGAGGAGAAGGCCUUCUUUGACUCCAACUUUGGGCCCUUUUAUCGAACAGAAAAGGUGUUUUUGGUCAACGAUCUCAACGCCACGGGACCCGGACCCGUGCUGGACUACGACACCCUUAUCUGGUGGAUGGGAGUGGAACAGGGCAUUCGCCAGGUCAGAGGAAGCAAAUUCGGCAGCACGCUGCAGGAUCUCUGUCUCAAGCCCACGGGCGAUGCUUGUGUUGUGCAGUCGGUCUCCGCCUAUUUCCAGGAUGACCCGGACAUGGUUGAGCGAAACGGCUGGAAAGCUAGGCUGCGGGAAUGUGCUGACACGCCCGUCAAUUGCCGCCCCGAAUACGGCCAGCCUCUAGAACCCAUCAUGAUUCUUGGCGGCUACCCCGAAGGUGGCGAUCCCGCUCAGGCAUCGGCGAUGACCGUCACUUGGGUUCUGAACAACUAUCCGGAGGGAUCCCCCGAGGCAGACCGUGCCAUGGACUGGGAAGAAGCUCUCAAGAAUCGCCUGCUGUCGCUGCAAGACGAGGCAAGAGGACGGAACCUCAGGCUUUCCUUCUCAACCGAGAUAAGCCUGGAGCAGGAGCUCAACAAGUCCACCAAUACGGAUGCGAAGAUCAUCGUCAUCAGUUAUAUUGUCAUGUUUUUACACGCGUCCAUUGCACUGGGCUCAACCACGCUAUCGUUCCGAGAUAUCCUGCGCAACCCCGCCAUAUCACUGGUCCAGUCCAAGUUCUCACUUGGUGUUGUCGGCAUUGCCAUUGUGCUCAUGUCCAUCUCGGCAUCUAUCGGCCUGUUCUCGUGGACCGGCCUCAAGGCCACGCUGAUCAUCGUCGACGUCAUUCCGUUUAUUAUCUUGGCUGUCGGCGUUGACAACAUCUUCCUCAUCGUUCACGAGUUUGAGAGGGUGAACGUCAGCCAUCCGGACGACAUGGUUGAGGUUAGGAUUUCAAGGGCUCUUGGCCGAAUGGGCCCGUCAAUUCUCUUUUCGGCUAUUACCGAGACCAUCUGCUUCGCGCUUGGCGCUUUCGUCGGCAUGCCGGCUGUCCGCAAUUUCGCCGUAUACGCUGCCGGGGCCGUGCUCAUCAACGCCAUUCUUCAGGUCACCAUGUUCGUCUCGAUUCUCACACUCAACCAGAUCAGAGUCGAAGAUUGCCGAGCAGACUGCUUCCCGUGUAUUCAAGUCAAGUCCGCGAGGGUAUAUUUGAACGGCAACAGCGGGAACGGCGCCCGAUACUACGAGGAGCCCACCGAGAACUUUCUGCCGCGAUUCAUACGCAAGACUUAUGCUCCAAGACUUCUGGGGAAAAAGACCAAGGCUGCCAUUAUCACGCUCUUCCUUGGUAUCUUUGCAGCUGCCGUGGCGCUACUGCCCGAGGUUGAGCUUGGCCUGGACCAGCGCGUCGCCAUUCCCGACGAUUCGUACCUGAUUCCCUACUUCAACGAUCUCUACGACUACUUCCAGGCCGGACCGCCUGUAUACUUUGUCACACGCGAGUUUAAUGCCACCGAACGGGCACAGCAACAAAAGAUUUGCUCUCGUUUCACAACAUGCCAGCAGCUAUCCCUCACCAACAUUCUCGAGCAGGAGCGGAAGCGGGAAGACGUGUCAUACAUCUCUUCUCCGACAGCCGGCUGGUUCGAUGACUUCUUCCAGUGGCUCAACCCCGAGAACGAAAAGUGCUGCGUCGAGGGACGCCGGCCUUGCUUUGCCAGGCGAGAGCCCCCUUGGAACAUCACGUUGGCCGGCAUGCCCGAGGGCGACGAGUUUGUCCAUUACCUUAACAAAUUCCUUACUGCCCCUACCAACGAAGACUGCCCCUUGGCGGGACGGGCGUCAUACGGGUCCGCCGUGGUUGUUGACUCGGAGCGAGACACCAUCCUGGCGAGCCACUUCCGCACCAACCAUCGGCCCCUCCGCAGCCAAGAUGACUUUAUCAAAGCCUAUGCCUCUGCGCGCCGCAUCGCCAACGACGUCAGCGUCAGCACCGGCCUGGACGUCUUCCCCUACAGCGUCUUUUACAUCUUUUUCGACCAAUAUUCUACCAUUGUCUCCCUCACCGCAACGCUGCUCGGCUCGGCGAUAGGGAUCGUCUUUAUAGUAUCUACCGUCCUGCUCGGUUCUUUGCUCACCGCUGCGGUGGUCACGGUCACUGUCAUCAUGGCCGUCGUGGACAUUAUCGGCGCCAUGGCCGUCAUGGGCGUCAGCCUCAACGCCGUCUCUCUGGUCAACCUCAUCAUAUGUGUCGGUAUUGCCGUCGAAUUUUGCGCGCAUAUUGCCCGCGCCUUCAUGUUCCCCUCGCGCACCUUUAUGGAGAGGGCUAAGAAUCGCUUCCGUGGCCGCGACGCGCGCGCAUGGACGGCCCUGGCCAAUGUGGGCGGCAGCGUCUUCUCGGGCAUCACCGUGACCAAGAUGCUUGGUGUGAGCGUGCUGGCGUUUACCAAGAGCAAGAUCUUUGAGAUUUACUACUUCCGAGUGUGGGUUGCGCUCGUCGUGUUUGCGGCCACGCACGCGCUCGUGUUUUUGCCCGUGGCGCUGUCGCUGUUUGGUGGCGAGGGUUACAUUGACCCCGAGAGCGAGGGCGGCCUCGAGGAGGACCUCGCCAGUCGCAGGUACCGCGCGCUCAUGCCCGACGGAGAUAGCGAUUCUGAGGACGAGGACUAGAGGCCCCGUGGAGAAUCACGGAGGGAUUCUACCUGGUGGGGGAGCUCAGGCCCCCAGGUGAUUGUCCAGACUUGGUCUGCUGCCGAGCCCGGUCGUAGAAUAACCCCGUCAGGGGUGGUUCUGUCGCCUAUCUUGGAAGAGAGCAGUCGUGCUAGCUCUUUGCUUCCUGAGGAACAUGGGCGAGGCGAGGGGAAGCGCAAAGCUGUUACGGA